AAUUAAUAAAAAUGGCCAAAAUUUAUUUAGAACGAAGGAAUGAAAAUCUUUGAAUCUAUUUUAUUUAAACAAAUAUGUUUAUAAAGGCGUUUAAAAUCAAAACCAGUACUGCAAUCCGUGGAUCAGACAGACGGAAACUAAGGGCGCAGGUGCAAGCCUCAUUCCCAAAACUUGACGCAGAGGAGCUGUCUGUGCUGAUCCCAAACAAAGAAGAGAUGACCAUCACUAAGAUAUCCACACAUUCUGGAGAUACCGUAACAUUUUAUAGUGUUUCUGGUGAACCAGUUUUCUUUGAAGUGGAGAAGAGAAUAUUCCCAACAGUUUAUACACUGUGGAAGUAUCCUGACAUGCUUCUCAGCUUCACUACUUGGCCACUGGUACUGGAAAAUCUCAGUGGAGGAGCAGACUUGAUGUUGCCUGGAAUCAUUCUACCUCCUGGGGGGCUGGACAGUAUAGAGCGCUUUGAGAAAAAUACAAUUUGCUGUGUUAAACUCAAAGGAAAUAAUGCACCAGUAGCUGUAGGUCUAACUACAGUAUCCAGGAAGGAUCUUUAUGAGGAUGGGAUGAGAGGGAAAGGAGUCAAUAUUCUCCAUGUGUUUACUGACUGCCUCUGGGCUCAUGGUAGUAAAACACUUCUACCACAAAUUAAUGAACAAGUUGAUUCCAACAAAGAAAUGCUGGAAAACGAUGAAGAAAUUCAAGAUGGUGGUAAAGAAAUGAAAGGUGAAACAGAAGAAACGCCUAAAUUUGAUGCUGAGGCUAAAGCAGAAGUGGCUACAACAGAACAGUCACAUGCUGACAAUGAGGAGAAGCUGGGGAAAGAUGAGAGUACAACUGAUACUUCUCAUAAUGGUCUUCUUAUUGAGGAUAUCCAAAGCAUUUCAAUCCAAGAUCCAGCUCUGCCAUCAGAUGAAGCGUGUGCAAGCAACUGUAAUGUACUGGAUCAUUCAACAAAUAAACAUGAGAACAGCCAAGCAAUUGAAGAUAAUCUGGCAACUAUCCCUACAACCUCAGAAGAGAUGGAUGAGCUACUUGGCUACUGUUUCUUCUGUGCAGUGUUGAGGUUGAAAGAAAAUGAUUUACCUCUUUUGACAAGUGCUUUCUUUAGGAAUCAUAUGCUUCCAUACAGCCCUGAUGGCAAGUUCCUAGAUUUAAAAAAGUCUUCUUACAAAAAGCUUUCAAAAUUUCUUCAAUCAAUGCAAGAAAGAGGUGUUAUUAAAAUACAAGAGAUGUCUAAAGGGGUUGAUUCAGUUAUUGCUGUGGAUUUCAGUCAUGAGGAAUUGAAAUCCUUCAAGACAUCAAUAGACUCCUUACCUCCAAAACCUAUUAAAACAGCACCAGUUUCAACAAACAAACAACAGGGACCUGUAAUAGAAGAGAUGGUAUCAGUGUCAGGUGGUCUGGCAAACCUUUUUGCCACUGCUGGAUAUGAGAAAGGUUCAGUUUUCACUCUUGCUGAGGCUAGGAAGUUUGUCACUGAAUAUGCGAAAACCAAUGAAUUAGUGGACAAAAACAAUCCAAGGAUGGUUAUUCUUGAUCCAGUCUUAACAAAAGCUUUGGUAAAUAAAAAUGAAGACGUUCCUAGUUUAAAUUGGGAAAAUCUAUUUACAAGGGUUUUGAAUAAAAUGAAUAGUUGUUACCAGAUUACUUUACCUGGACAGUCAGCUUUGUUAAGGAAGGGGAAAAUUGAUCCAUUAGAAAUCAAGAUUGAGCAACGAAUGGGCAACAAGAAGGUUACGCUGGUUCGAAAUCUGGAUGCUUACGGCAUCGAACCUCAAGAAUUUGCUCAUAAAAUACAGCUGAAAGCUGCAUGUAGUACUUCAGUGAACCAACUUCCUGGUAAACACAAGACACCUGGUAUGCAGGUAAUGGUACAAGGCAAUCAAGUCUCUCUUGUUGCAACAGCUUUACUUGAUGAUUACAAGAUACCCAAAAAGUACAUCAGCGGGCUGGAACUGCUGAAAAAUCAAAAGAAAAAGAAGAAAUAAAAUGAAUUGUAAAGUGAAUGAGCCUUGAACUGUUGCUCAUAAAAUCCCGGUAAAAUAAAUAUGUAGUAAAUAGUAUGA